AUGUAUUCGAUUUUUGUGCUUUUGGUGGCUUUUGGAACGUUUGGUAAGCUUUUUGUUUUGAAUAUGAUACGGUAUUUUGUUUUGUUUAAGAAAUAUUAUACUUUACUCUACUGCCAUCUGAAAAUACUAUACUCUACUUUAGUUCUCUUGUAGCUUUGUAUUAACCCUAGCUUAUCUCAAAUAUCAACACACCAACUUAAGGUUAUAGUUAAGAUCCGGUAGCUUUAACCUAGGUGUCCCUUAAAAUUGCUCACACGGUCUUACACUAGCACUGGCUUAGGUACAACUUAGUCAUAAUAAGCCUCUUUUUAACUCUUUAUUUCAAACUUAGUCGUAUCCUACCGCUAAUGUAAUAUUAUCUUAAACUGUCAAAGCCUUACUGUAUUCAAUUUUUAUCACAGCUCAUACCUACUUUCUUCCUAACUUACCUUAGCCACGUUAGGUUUGUUGUGCGUUUCUUGUCAUACUAUUACUUUACAAUAUCCCUAUUGUGACCAACUAAAGUCUCAGCUCUAGCUUCAUCCUGUGUCUCAGUUUUUGUUUUAGCUAGACAUGAGGAACAAGCCAGGCUCAUUUUUUAGGCUUUAACUAAAGAUUGCUCAGGCUUGGCCCAAUUUAAACUUGGGCCGAUUUCGCCUCAACCCGGCCGUUUGCUCAUGUUCAGCUCUAUCCGUAGCUACGAUUUAUUUUUUAGCUUUAGCUAGCCUCAUCAUUAGCCUCAAAUCUAGUCUUAGCCUUAGCUUCAGCCCUAUUUUUACCUUAGCCUCAGCUCUGACAUCAUUUUUAAAAAACUGAUAAUUACACGUUCAAUCCUAUUUUAGUGCCAUUAUCAGAAGCAGUGAAGUGUUACGUUUGUAACGACGUCAAAAUCGACGAUCAUCACUUUCUGCAUCAUUUUGGAAAAGACAUGUCUGACACUUGUUUCAACCCCAACAGUAGUAACGUCAUAGAAUGUAAAUAUGGCUGCUUCAAGGUUGAAGGUGUUGUUGAUACUCAAUUUGAUGUUGGUAUGUUUUCAAACAUUUUUUUAAACUUAUUUAUUUCUACAAUACAAUUAAGUACCGUUUUUCAAUUUUAAGUUUUCGACGCUUGCUUAAAGCCGGAUUUUGAAUUUUUAAAGCUUUUAGUUAAUAUUUUGAUGAAAAAAAAAGUUUUUUAUGUGCUUUUAAUUUACUACUAUUUUUAGCUGGCCAAGGCAUUAUGAGAGGCUGUACAUUAGAAGACGUGGAUGACAGCCCAAGUAUUCUUCAACGCCUUGGUGUAAGUUAUCUUCUUUGAGCUAGCCUCAGCUGUAGCCUCAGCCCUAACCUCAGUUCUACUUAGCCCUAGGCUCAGCCCUAGCCUUAGCCUCAACUCUAGCUUCUACUCUAGCUGCCUCGCUUUAAACUCAGCCUUUUAAAAUCUUUUAAAAACCAAAAAAUUUAGUUGUCCGACGGCUGUUCCGAGACCAACAGAGAAGAAGUGUUUGGCAACGUUACCGGUCGAUAUUGCGCAUGCAACGGCGACCUCUGCAACGAUGUUAUUAAGCUUUCCAUGAGUUUUUUCACUUUCUUUACCGCAUUUGUGCUCUUGCAAUAAAUAAAUUUACAUUUUGCUUGUGAAUACUAGUUCAAAGUUUAAAUUUCUACCAAAUUUUUAAAAUGUUGUUAUUUUAAAAUUAAAAAAAAAUCGACAGAAUUUUUUUUUUAAAUUUAAAAAUUAGCUUAUUUUAUUUAUGACUACCAUAAGGAAUUAAAACAAGAAAAAAACACCACAACCGCGCCCCAUCAGCUGCAGGCUGCAGAUAUAAGUUAUACGAUAAAAGGUGUUUAGACACAAUAAUGGCUGGCUUUUAACAGAAGCUUGAAAUCUAAAAAGCUCAUCUUUGUUUAUUUUAACAAAAUCUUGAAGCAGUAGCCAACGAACAAAAAAUUAAGACAAUAUAUAAUUUGAGAAGAUAACCCAGACCAGCAAGCAAAGAAUGGACUACGUAGCAGCCAAACUGGGUAACCUUUAUCCAUCUUUUCCAGCCGUGAUGCAGGUAGUUAUAUUAAAGUCUGGACCUUUUCCAUUUACAACACAUCCAAGCUAAAACAGUAAUUUUAGAUUAGCCUUGGCCUGAGUCAGAACAACCUGAACUAGAGAUUCGGAUUGAGGGUCCCAAGCUUAAGCCCAUGCCUGCAUCUGUUCGUAAGACUACGCCUGAGCUUGAGUCUGAGUUUGAGCCUAAGCUUGAGUCUGAGUUUAAGCCUGAGCCUGAGCCUAAGCCUGAGCCUGAGCCUGAGCCUGAGCCUGAGCCUGAGCCUGAGCCUGAGCCUGAGCCUGAGCCUGAGCCUGAACCUGAGCCUGAGCCUGAGCCUGAACCUGAGCCUGAGCCUGAGCCUGAGCCUGAGCCUGAGCCUGAGCCUGAGCCUGAGCCUGAGCCUGAACCUGAGCCUGAGCCUGAGCUUAAGCCUAAGCCUGAGCCUGAGCUUGAGCCUGAGCCAAAGUUUAAGUCUGAGCUUGAGCCUUAG